UACACGGAUGUGACGUCGUCUACUUAGACUGUGUUGUUACCACUGCAGGGAGAAUACUAUUUAGUAGAGGUAGAAAAUGUAGUUUACGAAUCAUACGAACUGUGUUUCUUAUACAUCUCAAGAGAAGACAUUGUUGUGAAUAUGGCAGAUUCGGCGGUAAUGGCUAGCGGGUCCCUAAAUUCAGGAUCGAGGGAUUGUGGGUGGGCUGAACAGUUCAUCAAAGACACUUCAAUGUCUUUGUUGUCAUCACACUUGCUGCGUUCUGGUGCCAACAAGACAUCCACCAGUCCGGCAGAGAACUACUAUAUGGCUCGGCGGCGCACCCUUCAGGUGGUGGUGAGCUCGCUCCUGACUGAGUGCGGCUAUGAGAGUGCAGAGAAGGCUGCCGUUGAGUCGCUCACAGAGAUGAUGCAGAGCUAUAUCACAGAAAUUGGCCGUUGUGCAAAGGCGUACUGUGAGCACACAGCCAGAAGCACGCCCACACUGCCUGAUGUGGUGAUUACGCUUAUAGAAAUGGGCUUUAAUGUGGAUACGCUGCCAGUGUAUGCCAAAAGAUCCCAGAGAAUGGUUAUAACUGCACCUCCUGUGACAAAUCCACCUGUGAUUCCCAAGGCACUCAUUGCUGGACAGAAACGUACACAUCCCGCUCAUAUCCCCAGCCACUUCCCAGAAUUCCCUGAUCCUCACACGUACAUCAAGACCCCGACAUUCCGGGAGCCAGUGUCUGAUUACCAGGUGGUCCGUGAGAAAGCCGCCUCUCAGCGGAGGGACGUGGAGCGAGCGCUCACCCGCUUCAUGGCCAAGACCGGUCAGACACAGGACCCAGCACAGACCCAGAGCUUCUUCAAGACCGAUAUCACAGCCUUUCCAUUGAUUGCGGCCCGUCCUAGCGCUAUCCCCUACCUGAGUGCCCUUCUCCCAUCGGAGCUGGAGCUGCAGUCUCUGGAGGAGACGGACUCGUCUGAGCAGGACGACCAGACAGACAGCGAGAACAACCACGGCAACAUCAUCAACGAUGAUCCUGGAGCAGAUAAGGAGAACUCCGGACUGCCAUCUGGUGGGGUGGUGCCAACAGUGAAGGCCAAUGAGGAGAGCAUCGAUAACCCCUACUUGAGGCCGGUCAAGAAGCCCAAAGUGAGACGGAAGAAGUGAAGGAAGAAACUCAACUGACUUUUCAUGGACAGUCUCUGUUUUGAUCAGUCAACAGCCAAGGACUCGAAGAUUCCAGGAUCUCCUGAACUGCCCUCUGCCUCGGUAUACUGUGAACUGAGAAUUCUGAGCAGGCAGUGUGUAUGUCACCAAAAUGGACUCUUGAAAAAGGAGCUAAGACUGUUCACUGAGCUAGGAUUUCUGUGAGAUACUCCAAUGUUUUACUCAACCAUCAUGAUUGAUAGUCAAUUGAAAGUUAAGGCUUUGGCAGAACACUGAUCUUCCUUUUUUUUUUGCGAGGGACAAAUAUGUCUUAUUUGUUUUACCUCUGCCUACCCAAUCCCAAACUAAAAAUGUGUUUGUGAAUACAAAGAGAGUAAUAAACUCAAACGUUUUUCUUGUUCUUUGUUUUUCCUAUUAAACUGUUGUGUUUUUCUUAAUAA